AUGAAUAAUGUGGACGGUUUCGACCCACGAGGAAACAUCAAGGUGCUGAUGGCAACCAACAGACCUAAUACCCUUGACCCUGCCUUGUUGCGACCGGGUCGUUUGGAUAGACGUGUAGAAUUCGGUUUACCAGAUUUGGAGAUUCACGCAAAAAGCACGAGUGUCGAGCGUGACUUUCGUUACGAACUUAUUGCACGAUUGUGUCCGAACGCAACGGGUGCUGAAUUGCGAAGUGUUUGGAAUAUCUCUAAGCGGAAUUAG